CGACGGCACCUGCGCAGGCGGCGCAGGGCAGUGACGUCACGCGGCGGCAUGGCGGGCAGCGGCAGCCGGCCCGAGCACCGGGGCCCGCCCGAGCUGUUCUACAAUGAGGCCGAGGCGCGGAAGUACACUCAGAACUCCCGGGUGGUGCAGAUCCAGUCGCAGAUGUCGGAGCGGGCUGUGGAGCUGCUGGGACUUCCCGGGGACCGGCCGUGCCUCCUGCUGGAUGUGGGCUGUGGCUCUGGGCUGAGCGGGGAUUACAUCUCUGAAGAGGGUCACUACUGGAUCGGCAUGGACAUCAGCCCUGCCAUGCUGGAUGUGGCUGUGGAGAGGGAGGUGGAAGGAGAUCUUCUGCUUGCAGAUGUGGGUCAGGGCAUUCCCUUCAGGCCUGGCAUGUUUGAUGGCUGUAUCAGUAUUUCUGCAGUACAGUGGCUUUGUAAUGCUGAUAAGAAAUCCCACAGCCCUCCAAAACGCCUUUAUCAAUUCUUCUCAACUCUUUAUACGGCCUUGGCCCGAGGAUCCCGAGCUGUCCUGCAACUGUAUCCCGAGAACUCAGAACAGCUGGAGCUCAUCACAGCCCAAGCCAUGAGAGCUGGUUUUACUGGGGGAAUGGUGGUAGAUUACCCCAACAGCGCCAAAGCCAAGAAGUUCUUCCUUUGUCUCUUUGUUGGGACAUCUGGCACGUUACCAAAGGGCCUUGGUACUGAGUGUGCUGAUGGAGAAGAGAUGCACCAGGCAAAGUUCACCAAUGAGAGGACACGGUUUAGAAACGCCAAGGGCAAGUCUGUGAAGAAAAGCCGGGACUGGAUCCUUGAGAAGAAAGAGCGUAGACGACGACAGGGCAAGGAAGUGCGAGCAGACACGAAAUACACUGGUCGAAAGCGCCGCCCUCGCUUCUGAAUUGCUCCGGACACUGCUGGCAUGGAAGAUGGUGUGUUGGUCCCCUCAGGGCCUCCUGUGGAUGGCAGAUGCACAGCCCAGGCCUGGGACUUGCUGGGACAGGUCACGCUGGCUUUUGGCGUUGUAAACUGGCUCAGGUGCUGCCCAACAGCCAACUGCAAAGCUGCCAGCCCUGUUUUCCUGGUGAAGGUGGAGCAGCAGACAGUGCUCUGACCACUUGGUGUCUGCAGUGCCAUUGAUUAUCUGCCUGAGAGUGCAGUGAGCCAGCUGGAGCUCCAGGUGAGCCCGAACUUAUAUCCAGCCUCCUCACUAAACAGUCACCGAGUCA